AUGGUUGCUAAACAAGGCCGUUUAACUUGGUCCGAAUUCCGUACAGCAGUUAUCAACAAGUAUGGUCGUUCAAGCAUUGAUAUGAGAGAUGCGGUAAGAGAGCAGUUGGAGCGACUAGUGCAUCAACAAGGAGAGGCUUUCAAUCAAUUUGUAGACAAAUUCCAACAAUUGCGAAAUCAGGCUGAAAUCCAGGAUGAGGAUUGUAUCGUUCGUUAUUUGAUCAAGGCCCUUCCAGAAGAGUUGGCGAACUACACCAAGUUUUCUCUCAAUACCAAUUCUAAGAGGAAACCACCGUGGAUUUGGUGGUCAACAAGAUAA